AUGUCUUGCAACCUCACAUUCACAUCUUCCCUCGAUACAAUGAAGGUACAAAUCGUUCUGUUGUCUUUGGUACUGCUCGUGAGAGCGGAGCCGAAUGUGUACUGUGGGCGGCGGCUGGCGUCGGCGCUGGCGAUGGUGUGUGGAUAUGACGAGAAGCGAGACAACGAUUGGUUGUUGGACAGGAGUCAGGCCGUUCCUUAUGUGACAAAACCUUGGUUAAGAGAAACAAAUGGAGUAGGAGUAGGCUUAGCAUUGGAUACUGAAUCGAAUUAUAAGACUGAUAAUGCCUGGUUGGCACUACCAGCUCGACAUAACAAAGCAGACAAGCACGUAGGUCCCUGGCUAGCACUGGAGACGGGAGCGAGUCACAAAGCGCCCUGGUUGGCGCCGCACGAGGCGCGAACUACCAGUCGCGGUAAACGGCAGAUCGUCAUGGAGUGCUGUCUGAAGGCCUGCUCUGAAGAUGAACUGAUGACAUAUUGCUGA